AUGUCGCAGCCGCAACAGUAUCCCCUUCUAUCCCGCGAAAGUACUCUCGCCCAGCUCCCCGUCGAGUACCCUACCGACACCCAAGACCAAAUCUCUCAAAUCCUCUCAACCUCCACAAUCAAUCGCCUCGUGGUGCUAGAUGACGACCCAACCGGCACACAAACCUGUCACGACAUCAACGUCCUUGCCGUUUGGGACAUCCCAACACUAACAGCAGAAUUCCAAACCAACUCCCCUGGCUUCUUCAUCCUAACCAACUCUCGCGCCCUCCCACCCAACGACGCCAAAACCCUCAUCCAAACCAUUUGUACGAACGUCUCUGCAGCAGCUCAAUCAACGGGCAACAAAGUCGACAUCGUCCUCCGUGGUGAUAGCACCCUGCGCGGCCAUUUCCCACUAGAAACGGACGUCGCACAGUCCGUCUUCGGGCCAGCAGAUGCCCUGGUCCUAGCUCCAUUCUUCUUUCAAGGCGGCCGAUACACCAUUGAUGACGUCCAUUAUGUUGCAGAAGGCAGUCAGCUCGUGCCGGCGGGAUCGACGCAGUUUGCGAAAGAUGCUACAUUCGGAUACAAGAGUUCCAAUCUACGUGACUAUGUGCAGGAAAAAGCGCCCGCGCGUUUUUCAGUCGAUCAAUUGCACUCUGUGACCAUCGACGAGAUCCGUCGUGGAGGUCCCGAGGCCGUCUGUGAGAAAUUGCUCGCAUCACCUGUCGGCGGCGUGGUGAUUGUGAAUGCGGCCGCGGAGUCGGACAUGCAUGUCUUUGUCGCGGGUUUAUUACUCGCCGAAUCUAAAGGAAAACACUUCCUCUACCGCACUGGCGCAGCCUUCGUCUCAACAAGACUCGGCAUCCGCUCCAAAGCCCCCAUAACCGCGACAGACCUCCACCUUCCUUCGCCCCGACAAACUGGUGGACUAAUCCUCGCAGGCUCCUACGUGCCGAAGACAACAGCUCAGCUCAAAGUACUGACAGACCGUCGCGGAAGCGCGGGGCAACUUGCAGUAAUCGAAAUCAAGGUUGAGGAGCUCAUUUCUUCACCUGCAACGGCGGCGGAGACUGUAUCGCGGAUCGUGAAAGAAACAGAAUCUUAUUUGGGUGCUGGGAUGGAUACCCUUGUUAUGACUAGUCGAAAACUCAUCACUGGCAAAGAUGAGCUUUCAUCGUUGAGUAUUGGGGCCGUUGUUGCCGAAGCGCUUGUCAAUGUUUUGAGAAGGAUUGAAGUGCGGCCCAGAUAUAUUGUUGCAAAGGGUGGCAUCACUUCUUCCGAUGCUGCGACGAAAGGGCUGAAUGUCAAACGGGCCUUGAUUGUUGGCCAGGCCGCUCCCGGUGUGCCUCUUUGGAGAUGUGAUGAGAGUACAUCUCGGCAUCGGGGUGUGCCUUUCGUUGUGUUUCCUGGCAAUGUGGGUGGGGAGACAGCACUUUGUGACUUAGUCGAGGGAUGGAGCUAG